AGUAAUCGGAUCAAUAAGCAAAACUGAUAAUGGAAUUGGAAUCGUUAAAUUCUUGUCGAUUCCCAUCCCUAGGCGUGGCCCGGGGGGGGAGGUGACGUAUGUGCAUACCCUCUUAUUUGCUCAAAACAUCACGUUCCUGUUCCCUCUGAGACGUGGUGUUGUCUGUAGUUCGUAGUUCGUAAACGUUCCACAGUAAUGCGUUGUGUUGUUGCUGCUGACUGUUUGACUUAAAGUAGGGCUAUGCAACAAGACGACACUCCAUCCGCCCUGUAGCUUUACCCUCUGGAGUUCUCCAGGUUCAGGCUUUAGUGUAACUGCGACCAAAUUUUACAUUUGUGUAUGACCAGUUGUAAAUUGUAAAUGUAUUAUAUCAUGUACAGUUAAGUGGAAAACCCACACUGAGGCACAAGCCGGAUCAAAGCUGAUACCCGUUGAAUCACAGGGCAUUUUUGGAGGUUUGGGCGAGUUGAGUGCAUGAGGCCUCCCCCCGGACAGAACCACCCGCAGGAUAAAACUGUGUUCUUUGUGAAGACUUGGGUCAAGUUGUAUUUGAAAUAAUUUUCUUUUGCAUAGAGAACCAGAUGUGACGGUUUAGACAUAACCAACAAAGUUUAGGGUUUUUUUUGUUUUUUGUUUUUAUGUGAUUUCUUCUGUUUUUAGUCUGUUUGUCUGUUAGCGAUUAGGAUUCCUCAAUGCACUUGUUUACAGUUUUCAGUGAAAUUUGUUGGAAAAUGAGGUCGUCGGCCAAAGAAUUUAGUUUUAUUAAGAUCCAGGACAUUUUUAAAGGAUUUCUGACCUUUUUUUUCUGGUGUUUUGUAACAUUUUUGGACGUUUCCUGUCGUCUGCUGCAGUUGUUUCUAAGACUACACGUGCCAUAGAUCAUCACUGUUGGUAUCGGAGUACACCUGCCUGCCUGGUUUAUCAAACAUCUGUACAUUAGGACUGGAAUCGUCCACAACAUCUGGAUAUCUUCUCUUGAUAAUGGAACAAAGAACAAGGCACGACCCCUGCUCUCAUCGACGCUAACGUAGCUGGAACGACGCUAAUAUGGCAUCGCAUCCCUUCAAACAUUUGGUCAAAUUGGUAAUGUUCACGUAAAAUGAGAAGUCUGUCAAGAUGUAAUGUAAGAGCAGCGUAUUUAGUGUUUGGCUGAAGGUGGAAACGAACACAUUUGAGGCUGAAUUCAGGAACUUUGUCCAUAAACACUGUAGUGUCAUCAAAAAACAUGGAUGUCCUUUAUGAGCACUUUGUGUCAGUGUGGACGUGAAGGAAGUCUGACACUGGUUCCACAAUGAAGUCAAAGACCAGGUCCAGACGGUCCAGGUCCAGACUGACCAGGUCCAAACUGUCCAGGUCCAGUCUGUCCACAUCCAGAUUGUCCAAGUCUAGUCUGUCCAGGUUCAGAGUGUCCAGAUCUAGAAUAUCCAGGUCCAGGCUGUCCAGAUCCAGGCUGUCCAGGUCCAGAGUGUCCAGGUCCAGUCUGUCUAGUUCCACACUGUCCAGGUCCAGUCUGUCCAGGUUCAGUCUGUCCAGGUCCACACUGUCCAUAUCCAGUCACUCCAGAUCCAGAUUGUCCAAGUCUAGUCUGUCCAGGUCCAGAGUGUCCAGAUCUAGAGUGUCCAGAUCCAGGCUGACCAGAUCCAGACUGUCCAGGUCCAGGCUGUCCACGUCCAGAUUCUCCAAGUCUAGUCUGUCCAGGUCCAGAGUGUCUAGAUCCAGUCUGUCUAGUUCCACACUUUCCAGAUCCAGUCUGUACAAGUCCACUCUGUCCAGGUCUAGUCUGUCCAGGUCCAGUCUAACCAAAUCCAGACUGUCCAGGUCUAGUCUGUCCAGGUCCAGUCUGUCUAGGUCCAGUCUAACCAAAUCCAGACUGUCCAGGUCUAGUCUGUCCAGGUCCACACUGUCCAUAUCCAGUCACUCCAGAUCCAGAUUGUCCAAGUCUAGUCUGUCCAGGUCCAGAGUGUCCAGAUCUAGAGUGUCCAGAUCCAGGCUGACCAGAUCCAGACUGUCCAGGUCCAGGCUGUCCACGUCCAGAUUCUCCAAGUCUAGUCUGUCCAGGUCCAGAGUGUCUAGAUCCAGUCUGUCUAGUUCCACACUUUCCAGAUCCAGUCUGUACACGUCCACUCUGUCCAGGUCUAGUCUGUCUUGUUCCAUAUUGUCCAGGUCCAGUCUGUCCAGGUCCAGUCUAACCAAAUCCAGACUGUCCAGGUCUAGUCUGUCCAGGUCCAGUCUGUCCAGGUCCAGUCUAACCAAAUCCAGACUGUCCAGGUCUAGUCUGUCCAGGUCCAGUCUAAGCAAAUCCAGUCUGUCCAGGUCCUGUCUGUCCAGGUCCAGACCCACCACAGACCGGUCUUUCCUCACUGUCUUGUUGAGCCUGUUGUCCUCACCAGUCCUAACGCCGCCCCCCCAGUACUACACUAGCCCCCAUGGACUGGUAGGAGGUCUAGAGGAGUCCCCUACAGACACCGGACCACCUCAGGAAGAACAUCCUGCUCUGAUUUUUGGCAAAAAAUAAAAACUACAAACGUAUCUAUGACAACUAAUAUUCUUAAUACAAACAUUAGUAAAACCUCCUGUGUCAUCACCAUUUUUUGGAAUCAUUUAAUACAUUUUUCUUCUCAAAAAACUCUGGUCUUCUUUAUUUUUCUUCUUUAAAUCCUCUGCUCUUCUUCUUGGUAUUUGGCCUGUAUGUUUCUUCAGAGCGGCGCCCUCUGGUGGACUGAUGACAAACACAUUCCAACACAGCGGCUGCAUGGCAGUAUAAAGGCAGUGACGUUUCCACUGUUGGCCACUCUGUACUGUCUGCUUUUAUGUCUGCUUUUAAGUUACUUUCAUGCCCUGUUUAAAUAGAACCCUUGGGGAUAAAUAAAGUGUGUUGAAUUGAAUUGAA